CGCUCUUAUGCCAUCCCUAGUUCGGCGUUCAUAUGAAAAAUCAAAACAAAAACUCGAACAACAAUUCUAUAUAAAUAAAAGCUUUUUCCCAUCGCUCUAUUACUACAAGCUUUCGAAUGUCGCACUCACCGCCGCCGGCUAGCAAUUGCGAGGAGGCUCUCAUCCAGCUGAAAAACUUUGGAUAUGCAUUCGAUGGAGAAGGAGUCCUGCGCAAAGUCGAUCCCGCCACCGGGGAGCCCGGGAAGGAGCUCUUUUCCUACAACGUCAGUGACGAUGCCGCCGAAAACGAGAAGCACUACCAGAAGCUAGCCAACCAAAUCCCAGAAAUUGUCUACGCUUUGCUGGAGAAAAACGGUCUAAGUCGCACCUACAUCCCAUUUGACCAGCCUCCAGAGCGCUCUUCGUUCGUAUUCUCGCAACCGGCAAAGCUGUCGCAGUCCAAGAAGUUGCUAGUCCUCAUCCAUGGCAGUGGAUACGUUAAAGCCGGACAGUGGGCCAGAAGCUUAAUUAUCAACAAUUCCCUGGACCACGGUACCCAGCUGCCUUAUGUGCGACAAGCCCAAAAACUGGGAUACGAUAUCCUCAUCACCAAUGCCAAUGAUUGCACACGAUUCUACAAUGGUAAGGAGAAUCCCAUAAAGGGCGUCAAUACGUCCGUAGAGCACACCAAAUAUGUGUGGCAGAAUAUAGUGUUGCCCGCGAAACCGGAGAGUGUGGCCAUUGUGGCCCACAGUUAUGGUGGCAGUCUCACUCUUGAUCUGGUGGAGCGGUUUCCGGACUUCUUUAAAGAAUCCGUUUUUGCCAUUGCCUUCACUGAUGCCGCCAUGGGAAGUCCCCAAGCGAAGAACAAGGAGUACCUGUGCGAUGUAGCAUGCGAUUGGGUUGCCAGCAACACACCCUUGGACACACCCGUCUCACAGUCAAAGAGCAGCAUCCGGAGGAUUUCCGCUGGCCACACCAAGCACGAGUGGACCUCUUACUCGGCCAUCGAUUCCGUGUUCAAGUUCAUUGAGGAAAAGUAUGAGCAGCGGGCGAACAAGAAGUGACAGCCAGCAUCUACUUGUUAAGGCAUUUUUGUACUCCCCAUUUAUAGUAAAUAUCAAGGAGAUGUGAAUAUAAAUUAUGUUUUUACCGCCUGCACACA